AUAUAUAGUGUUCUUAAAUAAUAAGACCAUUUCAUGGGUUAUUCUAAGUCCAUCUUGGAAAUAAUUCUCUAAUUAUUUCUCCCUUUGUUAGCUUACUUCUUCAUCCAUGGAGUUUCUUGAGAACAAGAGCAUUUUUGUUAUGGGUGUCACUGGCUUUCUAGGAAAGAUUAUGGUGGAGAAAAUAUUGAGGGUUCAACCAAAUGUGAAGAAGCUCUAUCUACUUUUACGUGGUGCAGAUGAAAUUACGGUCACACAACGGUUUCAUAACGAGGUUGUGGAGAAGGAUGUAUUUAAUUAGAGUGUUGAAGGAGAAAUGGGGUGGAAAUAUCAAUGGCUUAAUUUCAGAGAAGAUUUAUUUAGUGAUUGGUAAUAUCACAAGCCCAAAUCUAGGGUUGAAAGACUCAUAUUUGUUGAGAGAGAUGAAGGAUCAAAUAGAAAUUAUUGUUAAUUUAGCUGCAACUACAAAAUUUGAUGAAAGAUAUGUUGUAGCUUUUGGAACCAACACAUUGGGAGCUAAACAUUUACUAAACUUUGCAAAACAAUGUUCUAAGUUGGAAGUUGUUGUUCAUGUAUCCACUGCUUAUGUUUCAGGGGAAAAGGAAGGUAUUAUAGAAGAAAUCCCAUAUAAAAUGGGUGAGUCUCUUAAUGGCACUAUUGGACUCAACAUUGAGGAAGAACAAAAGCUUGUGGAAGAGACACUAAAUAAACUCAUAAGCAAAGGAGCUACACAACAAACUAUAUCUCUAACCAUGAAACAAUUAGGCCUCCAAAGGGCUAAGUUGUACGGAUGGCCAAAUGCAUACGUAUUUACGAAGGCAAUGGGAGAGAUGAUUAUCAAUGACUUAAAAGAUCAUAUACCAUUGGUUAUCAUACGACCUGCCAUUAUAACAAGUACUUACAGACAACCUUUUCCGGGUUGGAUGGAAGGGAUGAGGAUAAUUGAUACCAUCGCUAUCGGUUACGGUAAAGGAACAAUAACAUUCCUUCCCUUUGGUUUCCAUUCAAUCUUCGAUGCGAUUCCAGCAGAUAUGGUGGUGAAUGCAAUGAUCAUGACAAUGAUAGUUCAUGCACGUGAAGGAAAGCCAUGUCACGUGAUCUAUCAUGUUGGUUCUUCGAGGAGAAACGGUAUAAAAUAUGGGGAUUUGACGGGCUUUCUAGAGAAGUACUUUGUUGAGAAGCCAUGGAUAAAUAGAGAUGGAAAAGCAAUUAAAGUUAGGAAAACCAAGAUCUUCAACAACAUGGUUACCUUUGGUAGAUAUAUGGCCAUUCGGUAUUCCUUUUUGUUGAAGGGAUUGAAAGUGAGCAAUAUCAUGUUAUGCCAUUGGUUUCAAGAAAAAUAUGAUCAACACAAGAAAAAAUACAACCAUAUGAUGCGUCUUGUCCAACUUUAUCGUCCAUAUCUCUUCUUCAAAGCCACCUUUGAUGAUACAAAUACAGAAAGAUUGAGAAGAACAACAAGAAAUUUAGACCUUGAAGAAACAUUUUACUUUGAUCCUACAGUUAUCAAUUGGAAAGACUACUUUUUCGACAUCCACAUUCCUGGCUUGGUUAAGUAUGUAAUCAAAUAAUUUGAAUCCCCAAACUCAGAACUUUAUAUUAUAAACAACACAUAAAUUACUAGAACAUACCAAUUUAUACCUUCAACUUUUGAGUUGAAGAUGUAUCACUGUACUGUCGAUUGUCUUGAUUUGAACUUUUAUAAGUAUAUUAGUUAACACCAUACAUAAAGAAACAUUAUGAAAAAUAUCGUGUCA